AUGUCACUAAAUGACAUGACAAUGAAAACUGGUCAAGUUGAAUACUAUUUAUAUCAAGAUGACACCACGAGUGCAUUAAAAGCACUUGGCGAAAUAAUUCAAGAAUUGAUGUCCAAAAAUAAUUAUGUUGUUGAUAAACAAUUGAAAGAUAUGUUAAUAAUGAGUUGUAUUAAACGUAUCAAUAUUAAUUUUAAAGAAAAAAAAUAUCGCGAUGUCAUCACAGAUAUCAAGAUAUUGAAUUCGAUAAAAUAUGAUAUUUAUACAGAUCAAAGUACUUUUUUAAUGUAUCUUGAAUCAAUAGCUAGUCUAUCUCAAGAAAUGGCAGCUGUAAAAGAAAAUGUUGGUGCACUUUUUAAUACAACAUUAAUGUUUUCAAAAGAAGUACAAAAACCAGUGAAAACUAAAAAAUAA